UGGGAAUCAGGCUAGAUUUGUCUCAGUGGGCCGCUGCUGCUGAGCAUCGCAAUAUCCAGGCUGUGAAAUCCGCUCCGUAUGGGUCCGUAUCACCGAUGCUUCGGCAGCCCCUUGCCUGGGCAGCUUUUCUGGCGGCACUGACCGCGGCAGAACGGGUUCAUCAGGUUCCUCCCCAGAAGCUCCGCGGAGAAGUGCUGCCGUUCCCUGACAGUUGCGACAAGCUGAAGACGGGCUCGUACAAAGUGAACAAAUCAGGCCUCCAGCUGCAGGACUGCACCAUUAGCGCUGGGACGGAUGUCAAGGUCGAGUUGAAACGGCCGUUGAUCGUCCACGGGAAUCUCACGGUGCGGGGCAACGCCACCUUUUGGAGUCCAAAGUAUCUUCGUAACAGUUUCCAGGAGGCUUGCCUCCAAGUGGAUCACCUGACAGUCUCCGGCAAGCUGGUGAUGCAGCGCUGCCAAAAUUUUGCAGCGGAUGGCCAGGGCGGCUGCCUCAAGGCCACUUCCUUGUUCAUGGAGGAUGGACUUUUGGACCUGAAGCACUGCACAUCGAUGGGAGAAGGAGGGGGCGCGGCGCUGGGCAGCUUGCACCAAAGGGCCGGCGAGAUGCGCUUCACCGAGUGCACAUCCACAGAUUUACUGGGUGGAGGCCUGUACGUGGAGGAUGAUCUGACCCAAGCUGGAGGCCAGCUGGCCUUCAAAGAUUGCCACGCACACCAAGGAGGAGGACUGUAUGCGGGAAAGGCUUCCACCAACGGCACAAUACGCAUCGAGGGGUGCAGCGCAGACUCAGGCGGCGGCGCCAUCGUCAAAAGCCUCCAGCAGGGCCCCGCAGGGCGCUUUCAGUGUCACGGCUGCAAGGCGAUCCUCCCCUCGACAUCCAGGCUCAGUUUCACCUUCGAGCUCGAAGGUGGCAUUGGCGGCUGCCUCCUUGUCUACGGUGGCAUUUUGGCUGAGGGCCGUGUGGAGGCGGAGGAGGUGUCGGCCAGCGACGCCUCCGCGGUGGCCACCUGGGGGCAUGCCACGUUCCACACGCUUUUGGCAUCACAGGCCCAGGGUCGAGCGGUGAAGGUGGAGGGCCGCCUGGCGGUGCAGGAGCUGACCGCCGGACCGUCCAACUGGUCCGUGGAGGUAGAGGCGGAAAAAAUGGCUGUGAAGUUCGCAAACUGCGGAGAAGUCGCGGAGUGCAGCUUUAAGGUCAGCGGAAAGCACCAAAAUGGCACGGACCUGGUGUGGCCCCGCUGCCGUGCCGGAUCCGGCAUUGUGGACACCGAUGCUGACGCGGAUCGCUACGUCUCCCGUGGCUGCUACACGUGCCCUGGGGGAGAAUUCCAGUUACAGCAGGGGGUGGCUGCCAGCUGCACGCCGUGUCCAGCGAUUUGGAAAUGCACCAAGAACAAGCUGCAGAUGCCAAAGGGUUGGAUGGCGCCCGUCGACCCGGAGAAGCUGCGCCUGGCCGAGCUGAACUUGACCAGGGAGGGAAGAGCAAUUCAGUGCCUCAGUGAGGCGGCCUGCCCUGGAGGGCAGCUGCCGCUGGACCUGGCGAAGCCAAUGUGCUCAGAAGGACGAACUGGGGUCCUGUGCGCUGCCUGCACAGCUGGGCAUUAUGCCACCAAGGGCGAGUGCGAGAAGUGCCAGGAGGCGUCCCAAGAGGAGAAGGUGCACCUCUGGGGCACGGCCGCGGCCGUGGCCGCCAUCGGCCUCGGCCUGGCUGGCGUGGCGUGGCUGUCGCGCGGCGCGGUGACCGAGUACUGGAAACAGGCCGGGGGACCUCUGGGGCCUCGAUUUUAG